AUGGUAGCCAAGAAGAGCAAGAAAACGGAAGAAACUGAUUGGAUCAGUGAAUUACCGGAUUGCCUUCUUCAUCAUAUCUUCUCUUCCGUGGACACCACUGGUAUUGUUAGAACCUGUAUUUUGUCGAAAAGAUGGAGGUACUUUUGGACUUCUUCUCCCGAUCUUAAUUUCACUUACGAUGGCUUAGAACAAGAUGAUCAUUCUAACUUUAUCACUCAACUUCUUCAGCACCGGAAUUCUAUACCUUUAAAUAGUUUCUCCUAUAGUAUGUUUAUGCUUGAUGUUGAAGCUAGUGUUGUUGAAUCUUGGAUAGCUUAUGCUGUUAAACAUCAGGUUCAACACCUUACAUUAUAUUUACAAGCCUGUUGUCUUAAUAGGCCCAUUCAGUUUCCUAAUUGCUUUUUUGGUUGUACAUCAUUAACAACUCUCAUUUUUGAUGGCAAUUUUAAUCAAGCCAUAUUGUUGCCUAAAACUUUCGACUUACCCUCUUUGAAAUAUUUGCACCUUUGUGCAUUUCAUAAUAUUGAUGCGAGGAAUCUCAAUCCUUUUUUCUAUGGUAUACAAUAUUUCAGUGUUCCUUCUCUCAUAAGCUUUGAUAUUUUAAAUGCUGAGGUGGAAGCACCAGACCUCUUUUCCGAAUUUGAAUUUGUUAUUGUGGCUCCGAACCUUAGAAAAUUCAAGUUUGAAGGUUAUCCUCCUUUUUUAUGCUCUACCAAAAAUCUCUCUUCUCUAGACCUAAUUGAAAUUGAUCUACCGUGCGAAUAUGAACUGGAUGAGGACCAGUUUGAGGAUGAGGUAAGGCAAGAUAUGGCUCGCAAUGUGCUCCAAAUGCUUAAUGCAUUUCAUAUUGCGAAAUCCGUCACAUUGUCCAUGGCUGCCAUUAAGGUUCUAUCCGACAUUCCUACUUUUCUGAAUGAGCACCCUUCACUGUUUCCAAAUCUCAAGUAUCUAGAGGUGCAGAGUAAUGAGUCAUCCAAGAACGUCAAGAAUCUCAAGAUACCCAAUUUUAUCUUUGAUUACUUUCGUAAGGGCUCUUCAUUGUUGGAAAUAAUAGUUGCAAAGUAGGUUCAUAUUGUCCGCAAAGUCCAAGAAGGGAGCAUACCUUCCUGUAUCUCGACUUACUUUCUCAAGAUCUCUUGUUUGUUUCUGAAUGCACAAGCAACUACUGCAACAUCAUUGUAGCUUUUCUAAUAGCUUUUUUGCUCUCCGUUGUGGCCAUUACUUCGUUUUUAUAUGUGGUCCUCUUUUUUGUUGAAUUGCUAAUAGUUGCUUGAUCGAGUUCUUGUAUUUGAAUGAUCUGCACUAUACUUACAAGUGUGGGAGUCGCUUUGUCUUAAUCCAAGCCUUAUUGUAAAUCCAUUAUGCUAUCAAAUUCUAUCCUUUUCUUGUAACUGAACAAGUUUUCACCAGUGAGGAUUUGAAAGGAAGGAAACUUUUUGA